AGGUUUCUCUUCUGAAGAUAGAGGGCUCAUAUUGAAGCAAAGGAUUUCUAACAGGAAAGUGAACGCUCCAGAACCAGAGCCUGCGUGAUCUUGGAGCUGAACAAUGAAGCUGCUACUUGUUGCCCCUCUCCUCCUGUUUGCCCUAACAAUGUUGGAAGCCCGACCAAAGCCUGCAGCACUAAAAUGUAAGACGGGACCUCUGGACAUCGUGUUUGUGAUUGACAGCUCCCGGAGCGUGCGCCCCUUUGAGUUUGAGACCAUGAGGAGGUUCAUGAUUGACAUCAUCCACAACCUGGAUGUGGGGCUCAAUGCCACACGAGUGGGGGUGAUCCAGUACUCCAGCCAGGUCCAGAAUGUCUUCUCCCUCAAGACUUACUUCAAGCGGGCUGACAUGGAGAAAGCCAUCAACAGCAUUGUGCCACUGUCCCAAGGUACCAUGACAGGGCUGGCCAUCCAGUAUGCCAUGAACGUGGCCUUCACCACCCAGGAGGGGGCACGUGAGCUUCACAAGAAGAUACCCCGGGUGGCCGUCAUUGUGACAGAUGGGCGGCCCCAGGACCGUGUGACAGAGGUGGCAGCCCAGGCACGGGAUGCUGGCAUUGAGAUCUAUGCCGUGGGUGUCCAGCGGGCAGACAUGAACUCCCUGAGGGCCAUGGCUUCCCACCCACUGGAGCAGCAUGUCUUCCUGGUGGAGUCUUUCGAUCUCAUCCAGCAGUUUGGCAAGCAGUUCCAGGACAAGCUGUGUGGUGUGGAUAUGUGCACAGAGCUGGAUCAUGGCUGCCAACACACUUGUGUCAGCGUUCCAGGCUCCUUCUACUGUGGAUGUAACCCAGGAUACAAGCUCAACGCUGAUGGAAAGACAUGUUCCGCCAUUGAUGCCUGUGCUGAUGGGAAGCAUGGCUGUGAGCACCAGUGUGUCAGUGCGCGUGGGUCUUACACCUGCCGCUGCCGGUUGGGUUACUCCCUCAAUGAUGAUAAAAAAACCUGUACUGCGAUUAAUUACUGCAACUUUGGGAACCACAGCUGCCAGCACGAGUGCGUGAGCCUUGUGAAUGGGUACUAUUGCCGCUGCAAUGAUGGCUUCACUCUGCAGGCUGAUGGCAGAUCAUGUCAGGCUACUGACCUUUGCAAUGGAGUAGAUCACGGCUGUGAGUUUAAGUGUGUCAGUACAUCAGGCUCUUACCACUGCAUUUGCCCAGAGGGACAGCAGCUCCAAACUGAUGGGAAGACAUGUAACAAGUGCAAGGCAGGGCACAUCGACCUAGUGCUGGUGAUUGAUGGCUCUAAGAGUGUCCGGCCCCAGAACUUUGAGCUGGUGAAGCAGUUUGUGAACCAGAUUGUAGAUUUCCUGGAUGUGUCGCCACAUGGCACACGUGUGGGGCUGGUCCAAUACUCCAGCCGUGUGCGCACCGAGUUCCCACUCAACAAAUACAAGACAGCAAAUGAUGUCAAGGCAGCUGUAAUGAAGGUGGAGUACAUGGAGAAGGGCACCAUGACUGGCUUGGCUCUCAAGCACAUGAUUGAGCACAGCUUUUCUGAGGCAGAAGGUGCCAGGCCACUGUCCCAGAACAUACCCAGAAUUGGGCUGGUCUUCACUGACGGACGUUCCCAGGAUGAUAUCUCUGAGUGGGCCAUGAAGGCAAAGGAAUCGGGAAUCGUCAUGUUUGCAGUUGGGGUUGGAAAAGCUGUGGAAGAGGAGCUGAGGGAAAUCGCCUCCGAGCCCGUGGAGCAGCACUUUUCAUACUCCGCCGAUUUCAGCACCAUGACCCAUAUCGUUGACAACCUCAAACUUAACAUCUGCCCUGAGGAGGGCAAAGGAGAGACUGAAAUCCGGAGCCCAUGCGAGUGCGAGGCCCUUGUGCAGUUCCAGUCAAACACUGUGGCCAUCCUGGAGAGCCUGACAGAGAAACUUGCUCAGAUGACAGCCAGACUCGAAGACUUGGAAAACCAGAUUGCCAAAAAGAAGUGAUCUCUUUAGAUGGCCAGGAAGCACUCAAGCUUGGGGUACAGAAACAUACUGUAGCUACACAUCAUUCUUAUUUCUAGGUUAUUGUAAAGGGCCAUUGUUUGUUCUUAUGUCACAAAAUCCUGAGAGGGACUCAGAGAUCUAAAAGAGAAACAAAACAAAACAAAACAAAAAACCCCUGUUCCAAAAGUAAGUGGAAUCAACCUUCAAUGCUAGUCCAUUCCUCUGAGACAAGGCGCAGCAAGCGUGGCUGGCUUGGACAUUCAGAGAGGAGACAGGCAACAAGGUGCAUGGCAUCAGGGAUGAAUCGAGAGCAGCUGGGCACUGGCUUCUUCGCAGAGGACCAGAUCUGAGGGUUUCCAUUAGGCAGCAGAAAUGCUUUGCAAAAGCAGCAGUUCCAUCCUGGAAGUUUCCUGCAGCUCAGCUCUCACUUCAAACAGUCCUUAGACUUGGUGUUGAUGGGGAAGGGAGUUUCCAGUGUUCCCACUCUGUGUGGGAAGUGCUGUUUGCUGCCCUGCUCAUCCUCAUUGGAAAGUGAGAGUUCCUUCAGCAAUCUCUUUGUCUCUAAAGCUUUUGGCUUGAUUUGCACAUGAAUUGAAUAUUUGAUUUCCAUUAAAGGGGAGAGAACUCCAAAUCGAAACCAGACAAAACAGAUGAUCAAAUGCAGCUGGAAUAUUCCUGAUCAAAUCUCCUUUUCACCCAUGAUUUUGGCAGAUUGUUGCAGAAUUUGUCAUCUUGUUUUCUAUCCAAUAUAAAUAUAUAUAUAGAAAAAUAUAUCUUUGUGUAUAUAUCUUUAAUCCUGAAAGCAAGGUAGUAAUAUUUUUCAACACCUUUUUAUAUAUAUACUUUUCUAUCCUAACAGUAACCCCCCUGAAGCUUUCUAUAGCACUUUUUGGCUCUUUUCGCUGGGAAAAUAGUUAAUUUAGGCAGGCAUUUAUGUAUCAGUUCAUACGACUUUGAUCUCAGUGACUGGGCUGUCACCACUCUGGUGUGAGAGAGGAAAGAGAGAGAACUGGCCAGGGUAAUGUCUUUGCUGUAAGAAAUCCAUGUCAUAUGUUGUAAUUCAUUGCACAUGCAGUAUGGUAACAUAGUCUAAUAGGAAGUGAGUGUUAAAGGCAUCUCAGACUUUCACCAGAAUGGCAGAUCCAGACCAUCAAGGGCCUGUCUUGUGUGUCAUAGGAGUCAGCCAGUCUUAAUCAGCUAAAGCAAUGGAGUUAUCUACGUUUAUACCAGUUGGUAUAAUCUGACCGAUCAUCUCUAAGUCUGGGCCUCAUGAAUAAAAACUGGGGUGGAGCUUCAGAAGCAGUCCCUCUGGAAGAGUUGUAACACAAGAUGUGUGCAGGGAGGUGCCACGACUGUGACAGCAUUGAAGCUACUUUUCCUUAUUAUAUAGUCCCAUAGCAGCCUACAGGGAACAGAAUUUGUGAUCUAGUCGGGCUUUGCUGAUAGCUGGGGAUCAGCUUGCUAGGGGUCUUACAAGGAGGGAGUCAGAGAUGAGGUAGGAGAAGGGAAAACCUGCUCAUCCUCAGUUCCUGUCCUAGUGCUAUGUAAGCCACCAUCCUGUGUGACAAGGGGACUUGCCUCGGUGUGGCCUCUAAUUCCAACCCCCAUCCCCAUCCCACUCUCUCAGCACAGUGCUUUUGAAUCCUUUGUGGGGUGCCUUCUGUUACUUCUGUCCUGAGACCCUUUGUCUCCUGAUUUUCUAGAGCAUGUUCUUCCCCCUCAAAUAGCAGAGGAGCUGGGUGAGGGGUAGAGUUCAAGGAAGAGCUCUGUGUGAAUGUGAACCAUAUUCCUUCCAGUUACGAACAUUAUCUAAAUGUCCCUCAUGUACCAAAGCUCUCCUGGUCCUGUCACGCCUGUGAUGUCAUCUGUGAAUGCAAACUAGUGUAGCAGAGCCUCCUCCUUGGUGGACCUGAAUCUAUGACAAAGGCUCCUGUUACCUGGCACUGAAUCCCAGCAAUAAAGAGACACUUGC